UCGGAAGUGACGUCAAUAUUAUUUGCUGGCAUGCAAAGGCGGAGCGUAAGAGGUUUUGAUAAAAAUAUGGGAUAGAUCUUGAAAACAUGGAUAUAUUGUGAUUGUAUGUGGAAUUUAUCUUAACUAUUAUGCAAUGCAAAUGUUAGAGUAUAGCAGUUGAUCUGUUUAGCGUGAGAUGGAGGGGAGUUACACGAAAGUGCUACUUGUUAGCGCUAAUGUGGGAUCUAUAUUUGAGGACCCAGAGCAUAUGUUGAAGUUAUGGUUAAGAGAAUUCUUAAAAUGUGUUUCGUAUUAUGAACCAGAGUUUGUGGCCCUGCAUUGCCAGGAGGUGGGCGGCAAAAACUAUGAGGCCUCUAUGCAGCAUGUCAACCAGUUUGUCAAGGCCAUGCUUGGUUGUGAGGAACUUCAAAAGUAUGACAGAGCUAGAGUGUUUCUGGAUGAAGACUACACUGCAGCCGACAAAUUCACAGCACUAGGAAACCUGUACUUCAUCCAUGAGAGCCUAGAAGAUGUGUCAAUUUGGGAUUUUGUGGAAUGCAAGUUUAUUACUGUGGAAGGAAGAGAGGUGUUAUCUGGAAACAUCGAGAAUGUUCAGAUCAAGGAAAAGGCAAAAUUUCCACAAGACUUUUUUCCGGAGUUCAAAUGGUCAAGGAAAGGCUUCAUCAGAACGAGAUGGAAUGUUAAAAACUGUCUGUAUGACCUGGUCAACAUUCAUCUGUUCCACGAUGCCUCCAACAUAGUAGCCAUGCAGAGAAGUCCCUCAGUCUACAGUGACAAUAGAAAGGCAGCAUUCCUUCACACACUACAAAGGUUCGAAGAAGACCAGUAUGAUAAAGUUCCCAUGUUUAUAUUUGGAGAUUUUAAUUUCCGGCUAGACAUUAACCUUCUUGUUCAGGAUUUAACAGCAAAAACCAAAUCACAGCAAAUAAAAGGCAAAAAAGACCAAGUGGCCAAGAUAGUGUAUACAGAGGAAGGGAAUGGCAAGGUUGUUUUGACUGUGGAAACUAAAGGAUUUGACCACCAUGAAAAACACUCCGAAGUCUUCUUAAAAAGAGCGAAAAGUUUGCAGCGAUAUGAUAUGGAAAUGCAGUCAUAUAAAGAUAAAGUGUCAGAAUUUGAAAUUUCUUUCCCUCCGAGCUACCCAUUCUGUGAAGAUGUGAAUGAUGGACUGUCAUACAUGAAAACUCGAUGUCCCUCCUGGUGUGACAGAAUACUAAUGUCCCAAAGUGCCAAAAACAUUAUUGUAAUUGAUGAAAAGCACAAACCUAGGUAUGACAUAAUAGGACGAGAGACAUGUAUGGGUGACCACAAACCAGUAUAUUUGUAUUUGAACCUCAAACGGAGUCAAGGUAAAGAAACUCCCACCAAGUCCAUCCUCAAAUCAACUUUGUCUGGUACUCUAUCAAUCAAUGGGGAACCAGUUCAAGUGGAAGACAUUAAUGACAUAAACAUUCAUGAUUAUUCCUCAUUUGCUAAUGAACAAGCACUGCUUCCAGAAUUCAAAAAUUCUAUUCGUUUAAAAUCUUCCCCUGCAAAACCUUCCAUGGACUUCCUGACUGACGGCUCCCCUGUUAAGCGACGAUCCUCAUUUGUAGAAAUUGCUAAACAAGUUGUUAGUAUGGAAAAAGUAUUAAUGCAUUGGCCCCGCCCCAGAACUAGGCCCAGGUCCAGACAUCAUAGCUCCUCCUCUGAGGACAUGAAUGACACGGAGAGUGAGGAGGACUCCAAUAGAAACAAGAUCCCUGUCCACUCGGACUCGGGUAGCACCACCCAAUCUGAUCUCAGCCCCUCCCUGUCCCCCCAAAACAUGACCCCCGACAGACAGUUAACUGGUGGUGGCCUACUGACUACAGAGGCAGUAGAGCAUGAUGAUGUUGUGUUGUCUGUUGUUACAUCCAAUAGUUUGCAUGAGCAUGAUGGGUAUGUUAAGAAGGAGCAGGAUGGGUGCACGGUAGAUGAGCCCACUGAAAAUUCUGCGUUGAUGAAAAACGGAGAAGAAAGAGAGCAAAGUAGAAUCAGCGGAGAGCAGCAGAAGACUGUGUCCAUGCUCUUGUGUGUUGUUAUGAACCUCCUCUUGACCAAUGUUUGGUGUUCUCCUACAGUGUCUGCUCCAGAACUUCUGCAGUUGCCGACCGCCACAGAGGUCAUUAUUCCAAGCACCCAGGUCAAAAUCUCCCACGUGGACACAACCAAAUAUAUUCACAUACGUCAGCAGAAUGGAGCCUCGACACGAGUGUUCCGGGAGACCUCUGUAUGACCAAAACCAAUGUCUACCACCUCAGUGAUUUUAUUGAUUCAAUAUCCAUACCUCAUCUGUGUUAGCUUCUCAUCUGUGUUAUUGAAAAACCACA